CAGCUGCGGCGGGUCGCACGGCUCCGUCCCAUCUCGGGGGGCGGGCGGGGGAGGCGAGGCGCGCGAGCAGAGCGCGGGGCACGAUGUCCGACGCGGGCGGCGGAAAGAAGCCGCCUGUAGAGCCGCAGGCGGGGCCGGGCCCGGGGCCGGGGCGCGCAGCAGGGGAAAGGGGCCUGCCAGGCUCCUUCCCGCUGGUCCUGAAGAAGCUGAUGGAGAACCCCCCGCGCGGGGCGCGCCUCGAUAAGGAAAAGGGGAAGGAGAAGCUGGAGGAAGACGAGGCUGCAGCAGCCAGCACCAUGGCUGUCUCGGCCUCCCUCAUGCCGCCCAUCUGGGACAAGACCAUCCCCUACGACGGCGAGUCCUUCCACCUGGAGUACAUGGACCUGGACGAGUUCCUGCUGGAGAACGGUAUCCCGGCCAGCCCCACCCACCUGGCCCAGAACCUGCUGCUGCCCGUGGCCGAGCUGGAAGGCAAGGAGUCGGCCAGCUCGUCCACGGCCUCCCCACCAUCCUCCUCCACCGCCGUCUUUCCGCCCUCGGAAACCGUGUCCAGCACAGAAUCCUCCCUGGAAAAGGAGAGGGAGACACCCAGUCCCAUCGACCCCAACUGCGUGGAGGUGGAUGUGAACUUCAACCCCGACCCCGCCGACCUGGUUCUGUCCAGUGUGCCAGGCGGGGAGCUGUUCAACCCUCGGAAGCACAAGUUUGCAGAGGAGGACCUGAAGCCCCAGCCCAUGAUCAAGAAGGCCAAGAAGGUCUUUGUCCCCGAUGAGCAGAAGGAUGAAAAGUACUGGACGAGACGCAAGAAGAACAACGUGGCGGCCAAGCGGUCCCGGGACGCGCGGCGCCUGAAGGAGAACCAGAUCACCAUCCGGGCGGCCUUCCUGGAGAAGGAGAACACGGCCCUGCGGACGGAGGUGGCCGAGCUGCGCAAGGAGGUGGGCAAGUGCAAGACCAUCGUGUCCAAGUACGAGACCAAGUACGGACCCUUGUAAUCCGCGCCUCCGCCCGCACCUCAGACCUCUGCCCUGGGCCUCGGAUCCCACCAGCGCGUGGAGACUUAGGACGCGUCAUGGGCGCGUGGCGGUGCACCUGCCCUGGGAGCCUUCACGUUCACGCUUCAUCACCCACGGCCAGCACGGCGACUUCCCUGGGGACCCGCCUCCUCCCUGGCGGGACGCGAGAGAACCUGCGGAGCCGGGAGUCAGCCUUAGUCUCUGUUCUCGGCGGCCCCGGAAGGGGACCGCUGGAGCACAGGCUCUUGUUUGCCAGGAAGCCCAGGCUUCCCUGCCUGGCCCUCCAUCUCUGGCCUGGGCCGUCCAGGCCUGUCUCUGCAGAAUGAGUCGUGACGCUGUGGCCCUCACAUCGGCUCAGGUAGCAGCGCGCGUUUCCAGGCAGGGCGUGUCUGUCGCCCGCCUCACCCUCCCCGGAAAGUCUUAGAAACAUCUGCUCCCAUCUGCCUCAGAGGCGGACAGACCGGCCAGGUCCCCUGUUGUGUCCAUGCGGGUGCCAGGCCACAGCAGCGGGGUCUUUGCGCGGCCAGCCGGAGACGGGCUCUGGCUCUGGGCCGGCAGUAGAAGCGCACCUGCCGUCCUUGGCUCCUUCACCCCUUUCCUCUGUGGCUCUGAGGCCUGGAGGGAGAGGGGCUCCAUCCCAGGGCGGUGGUCUCUGAGCCCUGGGCCCCGUACACAUCUGCUCUUCUCCAGGUCACUUGUGGAGGCCGUCUGAGUCUCCUUUGUCCCACCAGACUGGGCCUCUGGGGCUGCUCUUUCUUUUCACGCAGUGCCCAGGCUCGCUUGGGUUUUAAAGGAAGAGUCCCUCGUCUCAGAAGCCUAACUUCCCGGAGCCGGGAUCCACCUUCCACACGGCGUUCGGAAAACCGGCCUCCGCAGCCUCUCACGCGCCGGUGGAGAGCCGGGGCAUGUUUCUCCAGAAGCGCCCGUUCUUUCUUGCUCUGCUCUCCCGUGCAGGCCCAGCCCGGGCCGCUCUCCCCAAAAAGCAGAAGAGGGCUUUCCAGGUCUUGCUUCAGGAUCCAGCCCCGUGCCUGCGGCCUGGAGGGUGUCACCCAGCAGGACACCUGAUCACCUGGUCGUAGCACCACUCUUAUGGAAUAGCAGACUCUUGGGACAUGUCCACGGGCUAGAGUCCCCUCCAUCUGGGUCCCUGGAGACGUGGGCCACACGAGCCCGGCCGUGGUGUGGUGUGGAGGGGGCCACCUCGCAGCUGCUCCUUUGUCUUGUGUCCGGCCGGACUCAUCCUUUGGCUCUGCCGGGAAGAGUAAUUAAGGAACUCCGUGGAACCCUCUGCUCCCUGUGGUCAGCUGGAGUUGGAGGUAUUUAUUUGCUCAGCAGGGGCAGCCUGUGGUAAAGAGGGGUCAGGGGCGACAGGGGCUCUUUGUCAUGUUCACCACUGGCUUUAUUUAUAGUGGUGGCUCUGAGUCCUGGGCCUCGACCCCUAAAGACUUUUCAUAACAGAUGUUUAGAGCAGGGGAAGCCAUCCGCUGGCCGUGGACCACACCCCAGGGGGACACCAUGGCGUUCCAGGGACCUACACCCCCACCUCUCCGGGGACUCGACAAGGGUUCCUGAGGCCAAGAGAGGUCAGUCCCUUCCCUGCGGGCCCCUGACUUUGACUUUGUGGUUCUAUGAAAACCAUGGUCACACUUUUCACUCUAUUGUAACCACAACAGGGCCGUUGCAUCCGGCAUGUCUGUGUCCUGCCCUGGGCAGCUUGCCCGCCCGGGCACUCUCCCUCUGGUCUGGCCACCCACCAAAAGGGCACUUCUCAUUUUAUUAUUGGUAGAAGAGCUGCCAGCUUAAAAGCUCUUCAUUUUCUUUGGCCAGGGAGUGUAUGGUUUGUUUUUUCAGUUGGGUUUUUUUUUAAAGGGAUGGACAUUUAAUCUCUGGAUGGCGUUCACUUUCCGACCCCGGUGGGUAGGAUGAUGGCCUGACGUCUCUCCUGUUUGUCUCCCCUUCUGCCUGCCCAGUGCCCUCCGCUUCUGCCCCCAGGCAGUGGGUGUCCAGUUCCUCCCCCAAGUGCUUACUUGGAAAGAGCACGGCUGCCGGCCUCUUUUAGAAGAGCCCCUUUGAGCCAGGAGCCUGGCAGGGACAGAAAGGAGAUGUCCGGGGAGGUUAACAUUUGGGGGAAAAGGGGGCUCAGGGAAGCGUGUCUUCUUCCUAGGCCUAAGGAUCAAGGCCUUGGGGCGGGUGGUGGUGGGGGGGUCUUCUGCUCAGUUUCCAUCGUGGAGUUGAACUCCUUGCUGGACCCCCUCCAUCUUGGGGCUGACAGCCAAAGACUGGGGCUCCUGUGCUCAGAUGUUUGGCAUCCUCCUAAAAGCACUGGAAGCCAGAACUGCCAGCAUAAGUGGCUUGCAGCGGGCUGGGAAAAGCACCAUUCCUUCCUGAACGCUCUGUCUCCAGCCUCACUGCAACCUCAGAACAGACAAAUCAUGAAUGAGCUAGAAUGCUGCAAGAAUAUGCACAUAAUAAAUGUAUAUCUAAAUAUAGAAAUAUAUAUAUUUAGAGAGAGAGCUUUCACCAUGGCCAGCAGCCGUGGGGACGACUUGGGUAACUCUUACCCGUGGCCAAAGGAAAAGGUUUGCCUGUCCGAGUCCUGAGGUUGGGAAAGGCACUUGGCAGUGAACCUUUACUCUGGGUCGGCAUUACCCUGGUGAGGGGACCUGCUGCGGGGCCCUGGCAGGCAGCUCCUGCGGUCCUCCAGCCUGAGGUGGGGUGGCAGGCGAGGGAGCCAGCAGGAAAGUGCCCCUUCGUGCUGGUCUGCUCUCCAUCCAGGGCCCUGGGAGCAAAGGGCUGUGAGCCCCUGGUUUUUUGGCAGAGCCCCACCCCAGAGCUCCUUUCACAUCUGUUAAUUAAGUGCAAUAAAUUUUUCUAGAAAUGGCGAAGAUGACUUCCAGGUGGCUCUUGCAUCUUACAGCGUCGGGGUCGCCAGAACACCACUUGGUUUUAUUUUUCUAAGUGCAUGUGACGUUAUAGAGUGUGCGGGGCUCCGCCUCCUCCCCUGGGAGCUGGCAUUCCAGCGGGCCCCUCUCCCCUUUACCUUCCCUGGCGAAGAAGGCAAGGAGCAAACCCCUUCUUCCCAGCCGGAGAGGGCGGAAGAGGCCAUAGCCCAUGGGCCUUAUGUGCUUGUGUGCGUGCGUGGGCCACCAUUGGUGGGCCGGAGUGACGUGGCAGGAGGGAAGCUGGGAAUGUAUCCUUUUCAAACAAAAUUAAAUAUUUUGAGAUGAGAA